ACCAAUAGGCUGUCCGGACGUCACAGGCUUUCCGAGAAUCCGGUCCAAUGAACACCUCUCCUACAUAGCUAAACCCGGGCAAGAUCUCUGAGCUGAAUACUCAGACAACCACGAAGGGAUGGCGACAGCAGGAACCACUGUCCUGAAUUCGAACUCUGGGCCACCUCCCCACAUGCAAGCUUUCAGGCACUAUCCAUACGCGUCCUCUAGCGGGAGGCAAAAUAACUGCAACUGCUCUGCCUGCGCGAGAAGGCCAACUGAUGAACAACCUUCAACACAGGCCAGCCCACCGCCCUCUCUGCAAAGACCUGCACGCUUAGCUAGAAAGGAGAGCGUCUUCAUCACGUACUCUGAUGACGGUCCGCUGCAUCUAUCCAUGGUUCUCGAUAUGGCUUACCACCUGCACAACCAGGGCUACAUCGUGCAAGUCGACAUGUUCCAGCGGCAUUUCAUGGGGAUGGGGAAGAUGGCGUGGCUAGACGAUAAAGUUGAGAACUCUGACUUCAUCCUGGUGGUGUGCAGCCCGAAGUACCGCCGUGAUGUGGACGGCAGCGGGCCGGACGAGGAUGACGACCACGGCCUGAACACCCGCUACAUCAACAGGGCCAUGCAGACCGUCUACCUGGAGAACAGGUGCAUCAACUACAAAGUCAUCCCUGUCCUCUUGAAAGGAUACACCAGGGAAACGUGCCCGCGGUGGCUCCGGAACACCCUCCUGUACCGCUGGCCGCGGGACGUGCAAGACAUCAUGUGCCGCCUCAGGCGGGAGGAGAGGUACAAGAUGCCCGCAGGCGGCCGGCCGCCAGUCGUCACCGUCAGGAGGGACUUUACUUAGUACAUAGGGAUCGAGUUUCCUUUUUGUUGACUCAGAGUUUGAGUUUCAAACGGGUGUGAUCAUGAACAAAUAUGGCGUCCUAUAAAGAGGAACCUCACCCUUGAAGGUUUCGAAAGUUUUCUAGCAGACCCGAAUUACAGUAAAUUGUCCUACUGUUGUAAAUUUGUGCAGAAGCAUACAGUCGUCACCGUCAGAAGAGACUUCACUUAGCUAAAAUUUAGAUAUGGAUCGAACUAGCCUGUGUUAUCAGAAUCUCUCGCUGGCUGGGGUUAAUGACAAUUGUAGGGCCGGCCGGUAGGAGCGCGAUUUUAGCCAGGCUAUAGGGAUCGAACGGUUAAACCC